GAUUAAAAUUCGUUGCAGUCGCUCUCUCUGUUGCAACCAACAUUUUAUUUAGUCGCUAAACUUCUGUCGGUCAGCGUUUAUCUCUAUGAUAAAAUAUCGCCAAGUUCAAGUAGCUUUAUUGUAAAAUGUAUCUUACAGGAAAAUUUUAACUGUUCAAAGUCACUGUGAUUAACCGAUUCAUGACUUGAAUCUUAUUUUCAUAAAUUAUAUUAGUGUUAAAACUUUUCAAGUGAAGUAAGCUUCAAGAAUGAAAUCAGUGACAAAUAAAUUACUUUUUUCCUCAACAAUCUUGACGUUCAUCUUGAUUUUGAUCCCAACGGAGUCCUACCGAAUAUUGGGCAUAUUUCCCUUCCAAUCGCGGAGCCACCAGAUGAUGUUCGACGCGAUUACCAAGGGACUCAUAAAGAAAGGCCACCAGGUCGACGUGAUGACUGUCUACCCACUGAAAAACCCGCCCAAGAAUUAUAGUGUAGUGGUGAAUUUGGAAAAGCAAGCUGAGAGCCUGGUCAACAAGUGGGACGUCAGUUUUGCGACCAAUUUGGGAGAUGACACACUACCGAUUAUUGCCAAUCCGUAUGGAAAUGGGCUGUGUGAGUAUUUAGGGCUACCUGACAUGCAGAAGAUUAUCAAGAAUCCUCCAAUGGACCCGCCUUAUGAUCUUGUUAUUGUUGAAUCUUUUGGAUCAAAUUGCUUCGUAGGACUGGGAUAUGUCUUAAAAGUACCAGUGAUAAUGGUCAGCUCGACAAUAGACCUGCCCUGGCUAGACGAAACACUGGGUCAACCGGAGAACGCAGCUUUUUUUCCGGCUUUCUUCACCGGUAACUCCCAUCCAAUGACAUUUACCCAGCGGUUUUACAACGUCCUGAAGACCCACAGUAACAGAAUCCGGUACCGAUACUACACGGACUCUGUCCAGAAUCAGCAAAUGAAAAAAUACAUUCACCCGGACAUUCCUCCGUUAGUUGAAUUGGAGAAAAACGUCGCGUUGGCGAUCAUUAACGCUUUCCACAGUUUAAAUGGAGUGAGACCAGUAACACCCGGGCUGAUAGAGGUCGCCGGAAUUCAUGUUGCGGAGCAUUAUGAGGACCUGCCCCAGGAUUUGGAGAAAUGGAUGAAUGAAAGCACCAGCGGGGUCAUUUAUUUCACUCUUGGUUCUAUGGUGAACAUUGAAACCUUUCCGGAAAGCACGAUGCGUGACUUUUAUUCAAUAUUCAGAAAGCUACAUCCGAUCAGAGUGCUCAUGAAAAUCGGCAACAAAGAAAAGAUACUCCCUGGGUUGCCGGAUAAUGUCAGGAUUUCGUCGUGGAUUCCUCAAGUUGCUGUUUUGGCUCACAAAAACACCAAAGUGUUCAUAACCCACGGUGGAUUGAUGAGUUCACUAGAAGCUUUGACUUACGGAGUACCGAUGAUCGGCAUUCCGCUUUUUGGGGACCAGUUUGCUAACAUGGAGUUUUAUAUGAAGCACAAUAUGGCUCUAAUGUUGGAUAUUAAAAAUCUUACCAAGACGGCUAUUGAUUCUGCACUGGAUCAGAUACUUAAUAAUCGGAAAUUCAGAGAAGCUGCCAAGUUUGAAUCAGCGCGAUUUCUAGACCGUCCCAUGACUGCAAUAGACACUGCGAUUUAUUGGAUUGAAUACGCAAAAAGAAAUGGCCCCAGAGCCCUUAGAUCUCCGAUGGUGGACAUGCCAUGGUGGCAAGUCGCUUCUUUGGAUGUCUAUGGCCUAAUCCUUUUAAUUCUUAUCAUCUUUACUGCGAUUUUUACUUUAAUUAUUUAUUAUCUAAUUCAUUAUUUAUUAGUUUCUUUUUCUAAUUCUAAGUCUGCAGGUGUAAAAAAACAGAAACAGCACAAACAAUGACAAUAUAUUUUUCAAUUAAGGAGAUCCAAAUACCCUCCUAGUGUAAA